ACGAACCGUACUUUCAAGUUAAGUAUUGGGAGAGAAUGUAUUGGAUUGAAUACGCCGCAUAGAGUCGAAUAUUGGCAGCGUUUAGCUUUCGGCGUUGAUGAUUAUAUAAGCGGUUUCUUGCGAUCACAUCAGGGAUCGGUCUUGGCAUUGUGUCACUCACCUCAAUCAACAUCCCCAACUACCUGGGGAAACUCUAUCUUCACAGAACAACUUUGACAAAACGGGAACUUUUAAGUAGGAUCCUAGGUGAAUAUCUUGCGCGCAUAAUUAGUGCGAGACUAUUUAAGGGUGCAGAUUACCAUCGUGAUGAGGGGGGCGCUGGCUUCGAAUAGCUCUCUCGACGGGAUCGCGGAAAAGUCGAAGCUUGAUAUCUACUUCGACUACUCCGUAUUUAUGAAUAACUGCCAUGUCUGCCGAUCUUCUGGCAGCUUUCGGUGAACCGAAUGUUACCGCACAGUCGGACCAGUCAUCCCAGCAGCCGCGUCGUGAGAACGAUCGAGCCUCGCGUUUCUUUGAUUCAGACGACACUCGAGGAGCCUGGGGUUCAUUCUUAUCCACCUCACGAGAAGCCCGCACCGCAAGCAAAAACAAUAGUGAACGGAAUUCCAGAUCCCACACGCCUGUACCAGAGGUAAAACCAGCUCAGAUAGCGUCUACCUCUUCAAGCAAAGGUCUCUGGCGAGAGGAAGGCGGCACGGACGUAUUAUUUGAUGCGUUUACGGAAGAUGUGACAAAUGACGAUGAUACGGAUGAUUGGGGAGAGUUUGAAACAGCAAAUCCACCUGAGGGAAACACUAACAACGGCAAUGCUGGUGAUUUACUUGACUGGGAUACUGGCAACAAUACUGCCUCGAAUACCGCUUUACCAGCGAUAGAAGCCACAACUGAACAAUUUCAGCAGCAGUCGUUGCUUGAUUUAUUCCCCUCUAAUGCUAGGACAGAUGACAAAAAAGCAACCGAGGUGGUAGCGCCUGAUAUCAGUCCCUGGGACAAGGGCUGGACAAAGUUCGAAGAAAGUAUUUGUAGUAACGUCGUUCCGUCAAAACCUGAACAAUCGGACGAUGAUGACUGGGGAGAUUUCAAAGACCCUGCUCUGACCGAAGAUGCAAUUCCUACAACCAGUAUGGAACCAUCAAGACCCAUCGCCCGACCGACUGAGGUGAUGAAACCAGAUGCAAAAGAACCAAUAUCUACACAAAUCCCAAUACCAUCCACCGCGCCAACGAAAUCUACUACUUUCCAACAUCGCCCAAUGAAUAUCCCCCCGCCAUCAAUUGUUCUGCCUCUAUUUCCCCCGCUCCUAGAAGAAUAUUAUCAAAAAGUCGUCAAGUGCAAGAAAACGGAGACGAAAGACACGAAGCUAGCUUCUUCCCUCGAGCUCGAUUUGAAGGUCAUGGCACGCAUCCUAGCGGGGCGUACACUUCGUUGGAAACGAGACACCGUGUUAAGUCAGAGCAUGAAGAUUGGCCCCGCCUCCGUAAAGGCCGGGGGGAUGAAGCUCAAUAGCGUGAAUAAAAGCGAAAACGUGAAAGAAGAGAAAGAGGCCGUCGAGGUCCUUGAAGUGUGGCGCAAACGAAGUAGUUACUUGAACUCGUUCAUUUUGUCCGCUGGUGGGCGUGCGGUGCCUGUUUUACCAAAUAACGUGCAAGUGAAGACGGGAACGGUUGAAGAGGACGGGGCUUUCAAGGCAUCGCAUCCGUGUGGACUAUGUGGGUUGAAGCGGGAUGAGAGGAUUCCUAAAAUUGAUGGGAUUGUUCACGACAAUUUCGGAGAGUGGUGGAUCGAGCUCUGGGGGCAUACGGAUUGCAGAAACUUCUGGGAGGCUAAUUGUGACAGGCUACAUCAACGUUGAGCGAAUUUGUGUCGUCAAUAUAACGAGGGGGGGCGAAGGGGGAGAGAAGGGGGGUGGUUCUAAGGCUAUGCUGCUUGCCUUUUUCUGGUCGAGUUAAACCUAUGCACGACCUUGGAUACCAAUGGUUAAUUUGCUUUUUGCCAAUGCAAAAAAAGCAGCAGCGUUGGGCAUUAUUAUCUACCAGACCUGGCUCUUGAACUAUUUCAGUUGAGUGAGAAUGUUUAAUAUAUUAAGAAGAUAUUUAAUAAUAAGACCUUUGGUUCUUGAUUUUUGGGAUGAAUUCGAGACUGCAAAAAUAAUUACCAAAAUCGGGCGACAAUUCAGGGGUAGGGUCCCGCUGCUGUUGAUGAUGAUGUCAUAUCUAUCAUAAGCGGUCGGUCUAAACAGCCAGCCGAAAGGCUCAGAAAACAUCAUACUGUAAAUCUAAGGGG